AAAUUAUUAAUUGAUACAUUUUUUCGAUCCAAAUUUUUUGUCAUUUUUUUCCUGGCCAAACUAUAAGAAUAACUUAGUAUUUUGAAUCAUCAAAGUUCAUAUUAAGCUCAUUCAUCAUGGCCAAAUAUGAUAGAGAAAUCGAGCUCAAAUCUUUCGACGAAACUAAAGCUGGUGUUAAAGGACUUGUUGAUGCCGGAAUCACUAAGAUUCCUAGUAUUUUUCAUUAUCAAAAGUCUUCUGAUGAUCAUGAUCAUUAUGUCAAGAACACGAUUAGUGUUUCAUCAAGAGAAACUGUACCAAGUAUUCCAGUUAUAGACCUUAAAGGUCUUGACAACGACGAUGUUGAUCAAGAGCGAACGAAAAUCGUCCAAAUGAUAGGAGAAGCUGCAGAGACAUGGGGUUUCUUCCAAAUUAUCAAUCAUGGAAUUCCUCAAAGUGUUUUAGAGGAAAUGAAAGAAGGUGUUCGACGAUUUUUCGAGCAAGAAAAUGAGGUGAAGAAAGAGCUUUAUACUCGAGAUUACUCGAAGCCAGUGUACUACAAUAGCAACUUUGAUCUUUAUAGUAGUGUUUCAACCAAUUGGAGGGAUACUUUUAUUUGUAAUAUGGCUCCUAAUCCCCCAAAACUACAAGACUUGCCCAUAGUAUGCAGUGAAAUACUAAUGGAGUACUCAAAGCAAGUAAUGAAAGUGGGAAUUUUGUUGUUGGAGUUGAUAUCCGAGGCUCUAGGGUUGAAUCCAAAUCACUUGUACGACAUAGAUUGCGCAGAAGGAUUGUCUGUUUUAUGUCAUUACUAUCCACCAUGCCCGCAACCAGAACUAACUAUGGGAGUAACCGAGCAUGCUGACGUUGACUUUCUCACUAUACUUCUUCAAGAUCAAAUUGGCGGUCUUCAAAUUUUAAACAAUAAUCAAUGGAUUGAUGUAUUGCCUCGGCUAGAUGCCCUAGUAGUCAACAUUGGAGAUCUUCUACAGCUUAUAUCCAAUGAUAGAUUCAAAAGUGUUGUGCAUAGAGUUGUGUCAAGCCAUGUUGGUCCUAGAAUUUCUAUAGCAAGCUUCUUCAGCACUGGUAUGAUUCCAACCUCAAAACUUUAUGGUCCCAUCAAAGAGUUACUAUCAGAAAACAAUCCUCCAAUUUACAAGGAAACUACAGUCAUUGAAUGUGUUGGUUGUUUGAAUGCGAAAGGCCUCGGCGGCAAGGUUUCGGUCUUGGAUCAUUUUAAGCUUGACAAAACACAGAAAUGAUGAACAAGCAAGAGUGAAUGUAUCACUGUUGUUUGGAUAUUGAG